ACCGCCGCCAUAUUGUGUGACAGUAUUUUGAUUCGUAUCUGUUGGCAGCAAGAAAGGAAAAGAGAAAAUAAGGGGGGAGACGAGGGGGAAAAGAAGAAGAGCUGUCAAAAGAAUUCCCGAGUCUCUGAAACAGCGGAGGGCUGCGGCGUAUUAUCCCCCCUAGUUCGCCGUUCCAAACUGAGUAGGCCAGGGUGCUAGAAUCCCUUCUUGAAGUUCCUCCUCUUCGCUUUUCCGUCAGCACCCCGGCCCAGUGGAGUUUCGGUGGCUGUGUGUCGGGUGUUGAAGGUGGCCCGGGGAGCGGCGGCGGAGACGAUGCUUGACUAACAUGGUCAGUCACACAAGGAACACAUCUCAUGAGUAACUGACAUGGACCAUUGCUCAGCAUAUGUAAAGUGUCAUAUGUCUUCAGCCCAGAAGCUGCGUGAUGCGCGAUAGAGUGAGCGUCCGCCACGCCUGAGGCCCAAGAGUGACCGCAGAGCCCCAGUCCAGCCCCGGCACUACACGAAUGGCCCAGGGAAACCACCAGAUUGACAUCCAGGUUUUGCACGACCUGCGCCAGAAGUUUCCCGAAGUCCCGGAGGGCGUCGUGUCCCAGUGCGUUCUUCAGAACAACAACAACUUGGAUGCCUGUUGCAAGUACCUGUCUCAGGUGAGCCCGGGAUACCUGUACAACGACGGCAACAUCAGCCUCUCCCCCUCCGUCAGCUCCCCCGCGUGCGACGAGCCCAAUUUGGCGCGCCUGCGCAAUCACAUGACUCAACUCACGCUGGGCCGCCAGUGCCAGCAUGUGCCUAGCAACAGCGCCGGCGUUCCGAGGAUGAACGGCAGCCGAGCGCUGUCCCACAGCCUGAGCGAGGGGCCCCUGUCCAGCUCCCCGCAGACGCACGCCACCUUCUACGCCCAGGCCCACGAGCCCCAGUCCGCCCCCCCGCACAUCCCCAUCCCCGCCAGCCUGAACGUCUUCGGCGGGAUGGAGCCAUCCACGCGCAAGCCCCAGCCCCCCCAGCACCUCGGCCUCUACCCGAUGGGCAGCAAAGUGCACGCCAUGGGGGGGCCGCAGGCCCCGCGCUUCAACCCCAUCACCGUCACGCUGGCCCCCAACAUCCAGACGGGACGCAACACGCCCACGUCUUUGCACAUCCACGGCGGGCCGCAGGCCGGGCUCAACAGCCCGUCCGGCGGCAACUCCAUCUACAUCCGGCCCUACGUGAGCGGACCCGGGCCCGGCACGGUCCGGCAGGGUCAGCAGGGUCAGCAGCAGCAGCCUGGGGCAGCCCGUGCGCAGUACAGCCCCACCUCGCAGCCCCAGCAGCAGAUCUACCAGAUCAGCAGUCACCCCUCCAGCCUGACCGGGGGCUCGUGGAGCGGCGGGGGUGGAGGAGGAGGAGGAGGAGGUGGUGGUGGGGGUGGCGGUGGGGGGCUGCCACAUAACCUUACCUCACAGCACCAGUCGCAGCAGGGCCACCAGACCUCGCACGUCUACAUGCCCAUCAGCUCGCCCACCAACCCUCAGGCGCCCUCCUUCCUGCAGGGCAUCUCUGCCGCCGGGGCCCAGGGAGCCUCCUCUUCCUCCUCCUCUUCCUCCGCGUCAUCAUCGGCCUCCUCUUCCGCAGGCGCCGCGUGCCCUUCCUCCUCCAACUCCGCCGCCUGCUCGGCCUCGGGCCUGCCCUCGUCCUGUUCCUACAGCCAGUACAACAUCCAGAACAUCUCCACGGGCCCGCGCAAGAACCAGAUCGAGAUCAAGCUGGAGUCGCCGCAGCGGAGCAACUCGACGGCCACGGCCGUGCUACGCACGUCCUCCUCCUCCUCCUCCUCGUCCUCUUCCUCCUGCCCGGCCUCCUCGUCCUCGCUGGGCGGCUCCACCACCCCGCUCUCCAUCGGCGCGUCGGGCCUGAGCCGCAGCCAGCCCACCGUUUACAUUUCGGCCAGCCCUCCCUCGGCCUCCCUGGCCUGCGGAGUCGAGGACUCGGCGACGAUUCCCCCGGCCUCCUCGCGCUCGCAGCCCAAGUUCUACAUCUCGGCCAACGCCUCGGCGGACGACGGCUCCGGUGGCCGGAACCCGCCCACGUUCUACAUCUCGCGGAGCGAGCACGGCGCCGGCGUCAGCAUGGGCCCGGCCUACAUCCACCACCACCCGCCCAAGUCCCGCGGCGCCGCCUCCUCCGUGGGGGGCUGCGUGGGAGGGCCCGGCUCGGCCACCUCCCCCCGCGUGGUGGUCACCCAGCCCAACACCAAGUACACUUUCAAAAUCACCGUGUCGCCCAACAAGCCCCCGGCCGUCUCGCCCGGCGUAGUGUCGCCCACCUUCGAGCCCACCAACCUCCUCAGCCUGCCGGCGGACCACCACUACGUGGAGCAGGACCCCCAGCACGCCUCCGACCCUCUGGCAGCUCACCGGGACCGAGCCAGCGAGCCCCGCCGACUCAGCAUGGGCUCCGACGACGCUGCCUACACGCAAGCCCUGCUCGUCCACCAGAAGGCCCGGAUGGAGCGGUUGUGGCGCGAGCUGGAGCUGAAGAAGAAGAAGCUAGAGAAACUAAAAGACGAAGUCAACGAGAUGGAGAAUGACCUGACCAAGAGAAGACUCCAGAGAUCCAAUUCUGUCUCUCAAAUUCCCUCGAUUGAGGAAAUGCAGCAGUUGCGGUGCAAGAACAGGAUACUGCAGAUUGACAUUGACUGCCUAACCAAAGAGAUCGAUCUCCUUCAAACACGAGGACCAUACUUCAACCCCAGUGCAAUUCAGAACUUCUAUGACAGCCUUGAAUGCUUCGGUCCGGUCCCUCCAAAACCCAAAGGGUCAGAGUACCCUGGCUCACUGGACAGGAGAGGACGAAAAAUAAACGUCUCCUCCAAGUUAAAGAUGGACGCCUCUGCUGCUCUUCCUCCUCCUGUCCCUCUGGACUCCCCCAGUAAGAGUGUGAAGGCGGUAGCCGACUCAGAGGAGGACGAGGGCACCCAGUGGAGCUGCACGGCCUGCACCUUCCUCAACCACCCCGCCCUCCUCCGCUGUGAACAGUGCGAGUUCCCGCGCCACUUCUGAGCCACAUCGGACGCCACACACCGACCGACGCCGGGGCCCCCGCACAGCAUCAACAAACACACACACACACACACACACUCCGCUACAGUGGGAGAAUGGACGACUCUUCUUCCUUCAUUCUUCUAGUCAUAUUGAGAAAACACGGACAGGGUUACCAGUUUUGUUUGUUGUUGUUGUUGUUGUUCGUUGGUGUCCUGUUUUUUUUUUUUUUUUCUCCAAGGUUUGUCGAAUGCUUAAUCAUUGAAGGCUUGACUGGAUAGAGUUGUGUCUCUUAAACAAACCAAACAAACAAAAGAAGCAAAACAGUUUAAAAAAACACAAACGCAAGCCAGCAGCGCCGGCGGUACCUCUUCUUGGAGUGUGUGUGUAUGUACGUGUGUGCCACACACACACACACACACACACACACACACACACACACACACACACACACCACUGCCCCACCCAGCUCCGAGGGACAUUCCUCUGUCAAAGGGAGACCCUCCUUCCUCCCUUCUUCAGUAUUAUCAGAGUACUGUGCCUCGGUGUGAAAACACACACACACACACACACACACACACACACACACACACACACACACAUACAUACACAUACACAUACACACAUACACAUACACAUAAACACUGCCCGUACGCACACACAGGGAAGGCUGUGUGGAUGCCAGUGAUUGGGGUUCUUCUCCUUAACGGCAGGGAGAGGAAUCGGGAUCUGGACUCGAGUGUGUGAGCAUGAUGGGGAAUCUACACACACAGGCUCCUUCUGGGCCAGACUGAUGGCCACAUCUGGGUCGCUGUGUGCAGGGGCUGAUGGGAAGAUUAGGCGGAGUUUCUGCCACUGAUUGGGGGUGAAAAAAGGAAGCAAACGAUUCUCUGUUAUUCUCCUUUUUCUUUGAGAGUACUCCUCACCAAAACUGGCGCCUCUGCAAAUUGUAGCGAAAAAAACAACCAAAAAAGAGAAAAACCUAAACUGCAUGCUUUACAUGUCCAGUCAAUGGAGGAGAAAACUAUUCCCCUGAACUUAUAACUGUACAUAGUUUUAGAAUGUGCUUUUAAACAAUGAAAAAGAUGCCUCCUUCUCACACUAUGAAUCUCUUAUAUUUCUUGUAAGUAUAGCUCUAUAGACUUCCUAUAGAAUAACGUUUCCUCUUUUCUCCCCUCCCUCUCCCUCAUUUCUUCUUGAACAUGAAUAAGCACGGUUUCCCCAUUUUUGUAAGCUUUUGAACUUGAUUUCUGUGAGGAGGGAAGCAGUGCCUAUGGGAAGCGGAUUUGAUUUUUUUUUUUUCCAGGACGUGUUCAUGAAGCUCUGGGCCGCUCGCCUCUCCUUACUGGCAUACAAAGCUGCUGACGGUCCUACGUACGAUCUGCGCAUGCAGCGGAAGUCGGAAGAUGGAAUUAUUUGUUUUCUUUUGUUGUUUUUUUUCCUCGUCUCUGAAGAUGCAAGAGAACUUUGGACUGUUAACAAGGACAAAAACAAGCCCACAAAAAAGGAUUGACUAACCAUCUUAUCUGACAACUGGAAUGUAGGUUUAAUAUUUGGGGAUUUUUACACCUCUGUGCCAAGAGAAGUGUGCAUUUUUACCGAUGCACCCAUAAACAUUUUAUAGAAAAAGAAACUAUAUAUUCUCCAGAGUAAAGUUUGAGGGCUUGGACUAUUUUUUUGGGAGGGUGGGGGUUGGGGUGAUGUUACCUGGGUGUAUGUGCGCAGCUUGAUCUAAAAAGAUGAGUGUUCAGCAAAGUGUCACGGUGGUGGUUAGAUUGGGUUUGCAAGUAAACUACGAAAUCAAUCGAUUACAGUCAACCAAAGCUCCAGGAUGCGGCUGUGCAUCCGGCAGCCCCGUUGUUCAAGUGCCUAGCACCUGUGAUCACCUACAUGUGCCUAAAGCCAGAAGGACUUGACCUCGGCUAAGACUACACAAGCCUGAACAGACAGUGCCACAAGGGAUUCUUUCCCCCUCCCCCCAAAGUAUGUUGGUCCUAACUAUUGAUUUGAGAAUUCAGUGUUUACUGUUUUAUUGAUUUUUACCUUAAUAUUUGAAGUUUCUUUUUUUUUUCCUCAGAUUUGUGAAAAAAAAAAUUCUCACGUGUUGCAAUUUGCUGCCUCACCCUGCUGGAUUUGAGUGCUUUGUGUCUGAGUAAUCUAAGCAGUCACCAGUCAAACGUGUCAUUUUUUUAAAAAGCUAAAGCAGAAACACCAAAAGGCGUUACAUGGAUGAAAUUGGUGGAAGGGUAGAGAGUUAAACUGAUACAAUUUCUCUGAAGCACUUAUGUGAUACUUUGACCUGUUUUAAAAAUAAAAAAGGAAAUCCAGUAUCUGCUUCAGCCAUAGCCCAUUGAGACGAGUCUGUUCAUACGUGUUUUAUUAAUUAAAAGCAAAAAAGAGAGACUAAUUUGGAUAUCUAAAAGUUGUUUUUGAUUUUAGCUGGGAAAACUGUCUUUGUAACAGAUAAGUUAUUUGUAAAAAUAAAAAAAAUCUAUUC